AUGGAGAUGCUCGGGCUCGCCGGCCCGUGGACCUACUUCACCAUCAAGUACAAGGUGGACGACGAGUGGUACACCCGCCCCAUCAACGAUCACCACAUCGACGCGAUCAAUAUCGCCCCAUCCGCCUUUGGAACCGACAAGGUCAUCGAGCAACUGCCGAAGAUCUUCAAGGAGGACAUCCCAAUCCUUGCCAAGGAGAUUGGCCAAACCGUCGACCCGUCCGACAUGGCCCUCAAGUUCGAGCGGUUCAAGGCCGAGCUGAGCCAGUUCUUCGUGAUGAUGGACGACCCGGAGAAGAGCCAGAUUGCGCGCGAGGUGCAGGUGCUCUACACGUUCCACAAGCUGCAGCCGAGGAUCUUUGAUGGGGAACUCAUCGAGAACAUCCGCGUCAGCCUCAAGGAGGUCAUCCAGGAGAACAAGUGGAUCGAGCCGGCCAGCAAGGAGGGACUUUUGAAAAAGGUGGACACCCUGAAAGUAUACCUCGGGGCCCCCUACGAACUCUACACCGAGGAGCAGGUCUACUCGCAUUAUAAGAAGGCCGACUCGGCCAAGCCCUACCAGCUUGGCGUCAAUGCCUUCAACGACCAGGGCAAGCGUUUGGACAUCGACGAGAAGCUGCUCACCGGCAACGACAAGGAGGAAUUCCACGCGAAGGCUCAAUGCCUCGUCGAUCAGUUCGGGAAUACGGUGGCCGAGGCUGAUGGUGCGAGCGUCAAGCUCAACGGCAGCGGCGUGAUCAACGAGGUCAUGUCGGACAAUCUCGCGCUCCGUGCUUCCUACCGGGCGUUCCGCAAGGAGCUAGCCCGCCGCUCCAACGACCACGACAAGUACGCGCUGCCCGGACUCGCCGAGUACACCCCCGACCAGAUCUUCUAUCUCGCCAUGGCAAAUCCUUGGUGCGGCUCGUACACGCAGAAGGGGCUCGAACUCCGCCAGGACCAGCCCCACCCACCGAAUAUGGUUCGCGUCACCGGGGCCAUUAAAAACUCGGAGGAAUUCGCCAACGCGUUCAAGUGCAAGAUAGACUCGCCGAUGAACCCGGCGAAGAAGUGCCGCGUGUGGCGCUACAAGAAGCAG